AUGGGCGGCAACGCAUCGGUACCAACAGACCCCAACAGGACCCUCCAGCUCAUUGGGGCGGGCUACUCGCGCACGGGCACCCUGUCCAUGGCCAUGGCCCUCGAGAAGCUACUCGACGGACCCGUGAUGCACGGCGGCUCUCAGCUGCUCGGGCGCGAGGACGAGUACGUCAAGCUGUGGACAGACGUCUUUGACGCGCGCCACGACCGCCCGCGCCUCCUCAAGCUGCUCAAAAAGGCGACGCAGGGUUUCGUCGGCAUCACCGACGCGCCCGGCAACAUUUUCAUCGACGAGCUGCUCGAGCUGUACCCGGACGCGCAGGUCGUGGCCGUGACGCGCGACCGCGCGCGGUGGUGGCAGAGCUGGGAGGCUGUGACCAAGACGGCGGGCGCAGGCUUCCUCAACGUCUUCCUCGCGCCCGUCCCGGGCAAGCGAUGGUAUCCCAAGCUGGUGAUGCAAUUCUUGGAGCAGCAAGAGGAGCGUCAUGGCCCCAUGACAGACAAACGCAUGGACGAGCACAACGCGUACGUCAAGUCCGUGACGCCCCCCGACAAGUUCCACAUGAUGGAGCUCUCCGAGGGCUGGGCGCCGCUCUGCGCGAUGCUCCACAAGCCGAUCCCCGACGAGCCCUUCCCCCGCGCCAACGACGCCGAGGCCGUCGAGGGCGUGAACAAGGAUAUCCUGAAGGAGGCGGGCGGGCGUUGGGGCGUCAUUCUCGCGGUCACGGGCGCUCUGGGCUAUGGCGCGCUCUGGGUGUGGAGGAGCGGGCUGCUGGGACGGCACUGA